AACGAAUUCUUCACGCACGACUUCCGGGUGACCAGAUGCGAAAAUGGCUAGCGAGCCCCUUGCACCAAUAAAAAGAGAGAGAGCAGAGUCUGGAGGGGAUAUGCUUGCAUCUCUAACGAAGGAGGCACAACAUUUGAAAAGCAAGCUCGAAGAAGAGAAGAGAAAGUUAUAUGAUGCUGACCUUGAAAGUGUCUCGUUGACAAUGCCAAGUCUCCAGCCUCUGCAACUAAAGGCGAGAAGGACGUUAAAAGGACACCAAACAAAAGUCUUGGCGUUAGACUGGGCGAGUGACGGGCAGCAUCUUGUCAGCAGUUCUCAGGAUGGCAAAAUCAUAAUCUGGGACGCAUACACUACAAACAAGGAAGACAUGAUUGUGACAAAUAGUAGCUGGGUGAUGGCCUUGGCGUAUUCUCCAUCGCAGAAGUUCACUGCAUGCGGGGGGCUCGACAAUCGCUGCACCAUUUACAAUGUUAGUCUCAUUGAAAAUGAAAAUAGUGAGCCAAAACAUGUUGCCACGCAUGCAAGUCAUGUUACGUGCUGCUCCUUCACAAAGUCAGAUCAUCAGAUUUUGACAGGAAGCGGUGAUACGACAUGUGCUCUUUGGGAUGUUGAAUCAGCAACGAUGAUAAGAGCUUUUAAAGGCCACACAGCGGACGUAUUGAGCCUUCACUUUUCAUCAAAGAUUGGUGGUGCCAUCUUCGUUUCCGCUGGCUGUGAUGAAACUGUCCGUGUGUGGGACAUUCGAACCGGACAAUGCGUUCAAAGUUUCGAGGGACACCAAGCAGAUAUAAAUUGUGUCAGGUUUUUUCCCAGCGGAGAGGGAGUGGCUUCUGCUUCAGACGACUCAACGUGCCGUUUAUACGACCUAAGAGCUGAUAGAGAAAUGGCUGUUUAUGCGAAGGACAGUAUUCUUUUUGGUGCCACAUCAAUUGACUUUUCUGCAAGUGGAAGAUUGAUGUUUGCUGGCUACAAUGAUUAUCUUGUUCGCGUUUGGGACACCCUCAAGAUCUCCGAAGCUUCUAUUCUGUACGGUCAUGAAAAUCGUGUGAGCACACUUCAAGUAUCGCCAGAUGGAACAGCCAUAGCAACAGGAAGUUGGGACAAUAACAUUAAGGUUUGGGCGUGAGGAAUUGCAUUUCAUUGGAAGAUUUUCAGGAUCCAGCAGCAGUCACCAUGUUUUAUACACGAAAUAUCAUUUCGAGCUGAGUUCUUUUAUAUUGACGAUUUGAUAAUUGUAUGACAGUAAAAAUUGUAACAUCAUAUGAGUUUUGAGUUUUAUUAGGACUUUUCUAAAGAACUACAUUACAUAUAAAUAAAUGAUUAUUUAUACUUGUAAAUAUUUAUAAAAAAAGAUAUAUAUAAAUGUGCGUAUUUUUGAGGGAUUGUUAUAAUGUUAGGAAACUGUUAAUAAUUGUUUGUGUUAUUA